UAGCAAGGAAAACAGAUAGUUUUAUUGGAGUACGAUGAUGAAGUUAACAGUGGUGGCAUUGGCUAUAUGCCUCGUGUCUGCUGAGGCCAACAUUGUAAAAACCCUUUACCCUGGUUUAAGAUGGGGCCACGGUCAGACGGCGAACAUCAACGAGUACAUCGACAACACGGUUCAAAUGUUGGUGCCAUUUAUACAGAACAAUGGCCUCGACCCUAUGAAGCUACCCGAUAUCAGCGAAGGUUUUGAAGUGAAACCUAUGUGGGUAACAUACAGUGCGUUACUGAAGCUACAUGAUGGUACUAUGACGGGAUUGGUAAAUCUGUCACGCUCUGGUGACCAACAGGUUAACUACUUCGCAAAAAUGUUGCGCGUCAAAGUACAACUGCGCUUCGAAGACCUCGAGUUCAAAUACAGGUACCUGGUAAAAGUAAUGAACAUUGGUCCUACGGGUGGCAUCGUCGGUUCCCUGAAUCGUUUAGAUGUUGUAGCGGAUGUCCUCAUUGACUUCAACAACGAUGAAAUGCAACUCCAACAAUUGUCAUUAACGAAUAUUGGACGGCUACGUGUGAAGCUUACGGGUAAUGCUUUGAUUGAUUGGUUGGUAAAUCCAGUAGUCAGUGUGUUCCUUAGAAUCUUCGAUACGACUAUCAUCAAGGAGGUCGGUAUGAUCAUUCGUUCGGCUGUGCAGAGCGCAAUCGACAAUAUCAACACAAAUCUGAAAGAUACCAUAGCACGCCUGGAAUCAUACAAUUAAUAAAAACAUUUUGUUUCUUACUUGAAUGAUAAAUAAAGAAAA